AUGUUAGCUGACAAAACUAGUUUCUAUGUUAAUUAAAACUCUCUUUAACCGAAACAACAUAGUAAAAGAGUAGUAAUAAAAUAUUAUCAUUCUAGCAACUUGAUAUAUAAUAUGUCGCAUAAACUUUUGAAAAGACUCAAUCUAUUAAUAAUCUUCAAGAUAUGUUUCCAGAUAAUAAAUCCAUAGAAUUAUCAAAUUCUAUUACAAAUGAAGAAAGUGAAAUUGAAAAAUUAUCUUAAGCAUAUGCUGAUAAAUACUAUUACGAAAUGAAGUUUGAGUAAUAUCAAAAUUUACUCACUUAAUAAUAAGGCACCAUUACUAAAUUACUCAAUGAAAAAAAAGACUUACUUGCCAGACUUGAAUCUGCAAAAAGUAAUGAAAAAGAAAUUAGCCUUCUAUAAUAAUUAGAAAUUAAAUUCAUAGAAAGUUAAAAAGAAAAAUAAUAGUUAUAAAAUGAAUCUCAACAGUAUAAAUAUCAAGUCGAAUAACUUCUUACUGCUAAUAAUGAAUUACAAUAAUCUUUUCAAUCCUUACAUAAUUAAUUUGUUGAAUAUAAGGAUAAAUAAGAUAAUUAUUCAAUUAAAUAAUAAGAAUUGAUUGCAAAAUUGACUGAUGAUAUUGGAAAUCAAAAAUAUUUACAAGAAAUUCAUUCUCAAAUUUAAACUAUCAAAAUUUCAAAUAAUUUACUAACUGAAUAAUUAUCUUAACAGGAACUUAAUUUUUAAAUCAAACUUUAAGAAAUAUAAGAAAAAUAAGUUAUCUAAACUAAUGAAUUAACUUAAGAUUUUGAAUCUCAAAUUGAACAAAAAGAAGAAGAAUUGCAUAUAAUCAAAAUGGAACUUGAAAAAUUUAAAUCAGAAAGUUAAAAACUUCAAAAUGAAAACUGUUUACUUUAAAAUCAGAUUUAAUAAUUGAAUUAGAGGUAUACAAUAAACAAUAAAUUUAUUUUAGUUACUAAGAUGAUGUCUAAGCUUAAGCAUAACUACUUUCAGAGUAGGUGGCAGAGUAUAAGAUAGUUAUAUAAAAUUUAGAAAAUCAAUUAUAUCAAAUGAAUCAAGAGAUAAAACAAAGAGAUCGAUCUUCUUCAAAGGAUAGCAUGAUAAAUUCUAGAUUGAUUUCUAAUUAUAUUAGCAGAUAUAAAUAAUGA